UCUCACUUCCGUCAUCAUACAUCAUUUGAGUAACCGUUUCCAGGCAGAAUGUUGUCAAUACUGCGAAAAGCGCGUCUCAAGGACAAGGAGAUGCGAAUCCUGAUGCUUGGACUCGACAACAGCGGCAAGACGUCAAUAGUGAAGAAUAUCAUGGGCGAAGACAUCAACACAGUCUCGCCAACUCUAGGCUUCAUCAUUAAAACAAUCGAUUAUGAUGGAUACAAGCUGAACAUCUGGGACGUUGGCGGGCAGAAGACGCUUCGGACAUACUGGAAGAACUAUUUCGAGAAGACGGACACGCUUAUAUGGGUCGUCGACGGCACGGAUCGGGAACGAAUUGACGAUUGUCGACAAGAACUGGAGGGGCUGCUCCUGCAAGAGCGGUUGAUGGGAGCCAGUCUGCUCGUGUUCAAGAACAAGAGCGAUGUGUCAGGAUGCAUGGAUUCGGACGAAAUACGCAAGGCCUUACGACUCGACACGAUUCACACGCACAGGUGGAACAUUAUGGAGUGCAGCGCAUUGACUGGAUUGAACCUUCAGGAAGGCCUCAAAUGGGUAGUGCAAGACGCCAAGGACCGGCUCUUUUUGUAUUGAGGGGCUGGGAGAUUGUGUAUCGAAUCUUCUAUAGGAGGAGGAAGAGGAUGAUUAGGGGCAGAUCUGGCAUGAGCAGACCCCUGAUCUCAAAUACGCAGUCAAAAAACAAUCAAAAUAUAUGAGGAGUGCACAAAGAUGUUCUGCAGGGAAGUUGACGGAGGUGUUUCAAGAGCGAACGGGGAAUAGAGGGCUUGGCACGGCGCGUUUAGAGAUGCGGU